ACAUGAUUAUUUGCAGUUAAAUUCCCUGCCGGGCAUCAUCAUCAAUCAAAUGUUGAUUUUUCCUCACUUGCAUUCGCUCCCUCCCCCCACUCCGGAAGAUGACGCCCCCAUCACCUCAUUUUGCAGCCUUCAAUGGUGUCGAUGAUCUCAUGGCGGCAAUUUGUUAGACUGGCUUACUCUAGUCCGAGUUAGGCAGCUGCGCAAAUCAGCGAUAGCCAAAGGCCCACGCGUUCCAUCCAGCUCCGGGUUCCACCACUUGAGGCUGACAUGAGAAGGAGAAUUCAUUAUCCCCAACCUAGAGCAGGUUCUGUCGGCUUUUUUUUCCCCCUCUUUUUCCUCAUCCACUCUCCUUCAUUUAUCUGAUUCUUUUCCCCCUCCCUCCGACGGAACCAUGCAAAGUUUCCUUUCUCGUCUCAUGGCCUGAUUUUGUCGCCACCUCUUAACCUCAAGCUUCCCAUCCUAUAUGCAUCCAUCUAGCUGAGAUGAACCCCCAUCAGGUGCAAUGGCACCUUGGUCGAGCCGCCAUACUGAUGGCCUCUCUGUGCCUACUCCUCUACCUCUACGCAAAUCGCAAUGGCGCCCUCACCACCAGUGAUGGCCUGAUCGUCAACGAUGUCGAAGCUGUUGUUCCCGCUCUCUCCGCCUGCGAGGAUUUCGACCCCGCCACCGUAUCUAUUGACCUCCACGGCGCCAUGAACGCCAAAGCCCCGAUCAAUGGCAGUGCGGUGGACGACUUUGUCUGCUCGAUAGUCAAACACAAUAUGAAAUUGACCGCCCAUCUCGACUGUCCUCUCAAUAUUAGCUCGCGUUAUGAUAGUCUCCGUGUCCAACCGACUUGGGGUAGCACCAAGCCCAAGGUGAAAUACUUCUUCGCUCUCGACCUAUACCAAGCUGCCCACAUCCUCAUGCCGUUGAUGGGUGCCAUUCUGGAUACAAUGCGAUUCGUGGGGCCCGAGUACUGUGCGCUUUCUAUCGUCGAGGGUCGAUCCACGGAUGGUACAUACGAGAUUCUCGCCGCGCUGGAACCCGAGCUCGCCGCGUUGGGUGUGCGCUACUUUCUUGGUACGAAUGGUUUGAACCCUAAGGCGGAGGGCGAAGAUCGCAUCAAGGAUCUCGCAAUCCUGCGCAACCAGGCGAUUGCUCCGCUUGUCGCUGCCGGCACGGGCAAGUUCAGCCCCUACGCUGCCGAUGCGCUGAUUGUCUUCGUUAACGAUAUCGUCCUCUGCACGGAGGAUCUUCUCGAGUUGAUAUAUCAGCACCAAAAUCAAGAGGCACAGAUGACCUGCGCAUUUGACUGGAACUCCGGUGGCGGUUCCUUCUACGAUUCCUGGGUCUCCCGUUCGAUGUCUGGCAAUCUCUUCUUCGAGAUCACCCAUGAUGCACGAUACUGGAUUGGCAAGGAUAUGUUCUUCGACGACAAUCACAGCGCGGAACGCUACGGCAGAGGGCUGCCCGUGCAAGUAUACUCAUGCUGGGGUGGCAUGGUGACACUCAACGCCGCGCCGUUCGUUCAGAAGACUGUCACGUUUCGCAGCUCGGAACCAGGCGAAUGCUACAUGGGUGAGCCCAUGACCCUCGCAAAGGACCUCUGGAAGGCAGGCCUAGGCAAGAUUGUGGCUAUUUCCAGCAUCAAUGUUGCAUACGAGUACAAGUCGACGCGCGAGGCAAAAGAGACCUACAAAUAUGUGCACCAGAUCAUUCAGCGGGAGAAGUAUAAGAAGGGACCGGAAUUGGUCGAGUGGGAGGUAGAUCCACCUCCAAGGGUCAAGUGCAUGCCGUGGUUCAACAACCAAUAUUGGGUUGACCCGGUGUAAAUAUAUCCUGUGAUACCAAGCGUAUAUAUCCUUUGCUGUUUUUGAUUCAUUCUCUGUCUUUAUUCUUACGGCCAUUACUAUGGGGUUUGCUGCUGGCACAAUAAUGAUAGUUGUGGCGGUGCGUACCCUGAAUUGAAUAUAUCAUUUUGAUCAGCC